UAAAUAAAUUAACUUCACAAACGACAAACGACCCAGCCGAGCCAAGAGCCGGAAAAAAAAUGUCCAGUAACACGACGCGCUGUGUAGUAGUCUUAGCUUCAGCGUGUUGAUUGAUUUCCCAGCACUGACCGCAGUGCGCACACACACGCCCUGUGGAUGUGGGUGCAUAUUCAUAUGAAUAUGUAUAACAGUUGAUAACAACAACUACAACAACAGAGCUGCAGCCCAAUCGCAUCGCAUCGCGUCGGUCGCGUCUGAUUGAACCGCAUUCGAGUGUUUUGUUAUUCAGCGCAUUCGACGUGCUCGGAAUAAUUCAUACCUUCAUAGUUUCGAACGCCUAACGAAAGUGAAUGACGGUUAACACACAAUAAAAAUUAUGUAAAGACGGUCGAAGCAACAAAAAGUCUGUGCGUGCGUAUGCGUGGGAUGCGCUUAUCAGAGUGUCUGCCCAUUUAAUGGAAGCUGCGCCGGCAAAAUGUGCUACCAGUCGCAAACAGUGCUAAACCUCCUUGACAAACAGCAGCAACAAAAACGCGACAGACAACGACAGCGGCACAUCAAGCAGAAACUUAAAAUAGCCGGAGCCCCUUGUUGAGCGCCACUCGAGUUGCGCGCAAAUAAACUACAGACACCACAGACAACCCCCACUACAAGGGAAUAAUCAGCAGCAACCAUUAUAAUGAAGAAAACCAAAUAGCCAAAACACCUAGAGGGACUACUAAAUACUACAUCGGCUAUAAGGAAAACCAUCAUACUGGAGGCCUCACUCACUUUGAAGCGCAUCUUUGCCCGCAAAAUUGGCUACAGCUCGAAAUCCAAGUCAAUUUUAGCGGCCAUGCGCACGAAACACUUGAUCCUGAUACUAAUCGGGGUGAUAUUCGCAACGAUCGUGUUCAUCGCGGUUGGACCAGCUGGCGAGCCGAACGAUUCAUUCAAAAACAUCGUUGUCCAGACGCACCAGCAGUUGAAAGAGUUUCAGGAGAACCUGCGUGUGGGGCUGGAGCGUAAGAAGCUCGAAAUAGAUGCCAAGUAUCUGGUGCUGCUCGGCUUUACAACCGCCAAGGAUGGCCCGACACAGCAGCAGCAGCAGGAGCAGCAGCAAAAGGAGCUGCAUCAGCAGCUGCCACAGACAGACCCUGGACCGGCUACCAAGGCCGAGCUGGAGCUCAGCGAUCUGCGUCGCCAGCAUGCACAGGAAGCGGACGCCAACGCUGCGGAGAGGGAGAAGGAGGUGGGGCAGCACAAGCGAAUCACCACGCCGUACAAUGGCACCAAGAGCAACUUCACCAUUGUCACGUACGUGCAGGAGGGUCAGGCGCCCUCGGCCAUGCUGCUGGCCCAGAACAUUGCCGUCAAGCUGCCCGGCGAGCAUCUGCUCAUCUACGACCUUGGCGUGUCGGAGGAACAAUUGAAGUCCCUCAGCGCCUACUGCAACAUCAGUCGUUGCGCUGUCAUCACCUACGACCUGUCCGAGUUCCCCUCGUUCGUCGCCGACCAGCGGACGCACGCCUAUCGGCCCAUUGUGAUAAAGGACGCCCUGCUGCGGGCCCGGUCGGUGCUGUUCGUGGAGAACUACAUGCGGAUGCGUGGCGGCUACCACGAGCUGCAGGAGCUGCAAAGUCGCGGCAUGGUGGCUGGCGUCCUCGGCUGGAACACGCCCACGGCGGUCUCCUCGCUCACCCAUCCCAAGAUGUUUGACUUCUUCGAGUCGGAUGCCGAGGACUUCAUCUUCUUGCGGAUGGUCGAUCUCGAUGUGGUCUUCUUCGUGGACAAUCUCUUUGUCACCGACAAGAUCCUGCUGCCGUGGCUCAAGUGCUGCCUCACCCAGGAGUGCAUCGAUCCAAUUGGUGCCCAAUCGAAUGGCUGCAAGUUCAACAAGAAGCCGCUGUAUCGGUACUCCGGCUGCCAUGGCUACGAUGCAUCCGCCUUCAAUAUUGUCCUGGGUCUAACCUGGCACUGGGACAACUCAAAGUACUCGCUGCCCAGCGACGAUGCCAAGAACGUAUUCUACAAGGAGACCCUGGAGCAGGCAACUCGAAUACUCGAAAGUCGACGACGCAACAGCAGCGAGACAUCCGAUCAUCCGUUCACGGAGGACUGAGCGCUGGCUGAUCAGCAUUUGAUAUCACAUUUUAUACGAGCAUCCGCACACAGACAAACAGACACACACACACACGGAAAGACACACUCAGGAGCCGGUAGAUCAAAGCAAGCUUGAUGGCAAAUUUGCAAACAAACCUUAAACCGAAUAAAAGUCUUUAAUCUAGUUUAGCUAGCACGCAUGCUACUCUCAACUUUACGAUGAUGGGAUCAUCGGCUCAUCUCUCAAUCAAGAGAUACCGGCAGCUCCUACGCUUGAGAUAAUGAUGAUGAUGAUGAUGAUGAGAUGACGGAGACCAAGAUCAGGACCAGAUCAAAGCAGUAGACUAAUACGUGCAGCUCAUCGAUAGAACCAACCCUUUAGUCAAGCCCUAGUUACUUACUAAACAUACUUGUUUAACUCGCAUACUCGUUUUUCGAUUCGAGGAUCGUUAGUUAUUUUCUACCGCGUAAAUACCCCUGUAAAUACAUAAGUAUAUCAAAUGGCAUACAUUUUGUGAUUGUAUUUUAUAGUUACACCCAUACCAAUAACCACACCUAUACACGUACACGUACACACAGAUAUACAAUAUAUAUAUAUUAUAAUAAUAAU